GUAAGCCAGUGCGUCGGAGGCUCAGUACGUAAGUUUGUCGUCGGAGCAGAACCGCUAUUCUUGUAGAGUUUUAGCGAGACCUCCGGACCUUAACAGAUUUCUAUGGGUUUUACGCGGAGGACUUGAAGACUUUCCAAGAUGGAUAUAAAGAACCAACAAAGCCGAUUCGCUGUACAUCUCAUCUUCAGAAUUACCUAUUCUUGUGGAAAGGCAAACAUAGUGGAACUAUAUAUUAAAAGCUCGACAUGAUUAACUGACCGAAGAUCUUGUCAUGGAGGACUGGAUUUUGAUCUUGAACAGCUCUCGAACCUUUAAUCACACCUCACCUCAGGACAGGUCAAGAAGUGUACCCGAUCUCACUUACAAGUGUUUGGUUGGCGCUUUUCUAGGGUUCAUAAUUUUUUUCUCUGUCGCUGGUAAUUUACUGGUUUGUUUGGCCAUUUACAGAGAUCGGAGGUUACGUAAACUAGGGAACCUUUUCCUUGUCUCUCUGGCAGUGUCUGACCUCUUUGUUUCUUCAUUGGUCAUGACCUUUGCGGUUGUUAAUGAUUUGAUGGGUUACUGGAUGUUCGGUCCACAGUUCUGCGACACGUGGGUCGCUUUUGAUGUCAUGUGUUGUACAGCUUCCAUCCUGAACUUAUGUUCUGUUAGUUUCGAUAGGUUCGUACACAUUAAGGAUCCCUUACGCUACAACUGUUGGAUGACAAAGCGAGUGGUUCUUGGUUCGAUUUGCUUAAUCUGGCUCCUCUCUGCUCUAGUAUCUUUUCUCCCAAUUAGCCUCGGAUGGCAUAAGCCUAAAAACUCGGUCUUCGCAGGUAGUUUGGAGAAAGAACGCCCAACUUGCGCUUUGGAGUUGACGCCUGUCUACGCCGUCGUAUCUUCGUCGAUUAGCUUCUUCGCACCUUGCGUUGUUAUGAUUGCUCUGUACGCAAGGCUUUACCUGUACGCUAGAAAACACGUGAAAAAUAUUCGCGCCACUGAACCUGUUUGCGACGUAAGGUCCUCUAACUCCCAUCACUCAUCUCACGUCAGAGAACACAAAGCCUCCAUUACUCUAGGGAUUAUCGUGGGUGUGUUUCUCGUCUGUUGGGUACCGUUUUUUUCUGUAAACAUAGUCGCUGCUUUUUGUAAAUCGUGUAUCUCGGACUUGGUAUGGAAGUGUCUGACGUGGCUCGGUUACUUUAACUCCACUUUGAAUCCUGUAAUUUACAGUAUUUUCAACGCAGAAUUCAGGGAUGCGUUUCGAAAGAUCCUCUUCUCUAAGUCGCCCGAAACGUCUUGCACUUUCUGGACGUGCUGUAGGGGCUGCCAACUGACUUCGCCUCAGCCAAGGGUGUCUCGAUACGACAGAAAGCUAACAGCUCUACACAAAGACCACUACCAUUUCGACCUCGAUGACCAGGGAAAAAUGAGCCAGGUGUAAAUGGACGAACAAAGUUAGGAUAAGGGGAUAAUCUAUAGAUAUUAAUUCAUACACUUGUCCAUUUUCUCUUACAAUCCCCUAAACGAAGUGAAUGUAAAAUGUAUAUAAGUGCGAAUCUUCGUCUCGUAUUUUAAGGUGACGUAAUAAAUUAUAAAUCCUGUAUAAAGAUGUAUACUGUAAAAAAAAGAAAAAAGAUUCCAGAUGGCGCUCCUCCAUGUCUGAAGUGUGUAACGUCAUAUAAGUUAUCA